AUGAACACAGUUCUACUCAACCCACUCGGGGGCCAGUGUACAGACAAGGAACAGUUAAGACGUGUUCGUCUGCAGGAAGAACGGCGUGAGGAUAUGCGACGACAUCUGGCAGCACAAGCUGCCCAGCAUCAUCCUCGUCUUCGUUGUAUUAUUGCUAAACACCAGGAACCUGUCGCGUCUGUGCCUUCGUUGCCAUUUGCAGCAAAGGGCAGUUCAAAUGACACUAGUUCAAGUCAUCAGCCUAUUGGUCUAUUGCUCAAAGAACGGCCAUUAUCUGCAGAAAGUCAGCACCAUUCUGCAAAUGUCAGUCAACCUAAUGUAGAAUAUAAUAAAGGAAACGGACACUCUGCUAUACAAGAUCCAGCUUUAACCUCGAGUCCAUACCCAGCGUAUCCUCAAAGCAUGAGCAAUGCAUUUCCACAUGCCACGCAUCUAUAUCCAUCAUACCCAAUAGGGUAUCCGUAUCACAUGCAGCCAACAUAUGGUUGCAUGCCCUAUCCACCAUCCACACAAUCUCCUUGGAAUCUACCGCCACAUCACGCCGAGUUUGACAAGAGGCUUCCACUACCUCCAGUGCCAGCUGUUCGAUGGGAUCAGACAUCUUCUGCUCAUCCAAAUAUACACCUUUCUGAUACAGAUCCAAUACAUCCACAGUAUAACCAUUCAUAUGCCAACCCAUAUCCCAUAGCUUUUGAACAGCAAAAUGAACCUCCACAGCAAGGAACAUCCAAUUGGUAUCUUCAGCCACCAGCAUUUCUUAACCCACAUCGAUUACUACCAGCUAUCUAUCCAAAACAUGACGAAUUCAAUCCAAACUCGGCACCAAUGCGUGCAGAAAAUGAUCUACCUUUAACACAACCAAGAGUCAUUCCAGAAAUCUCCACCCGUCUAUUGGAUCGUACCGAUUCUAAAAUGAAUGGCCGCCAAUCCAAACAAUCCUAUGCAGCAGAUUUAGAACGACAAAUUGCUGAAAAGGCGGCUCAAAAGCAACAAGAAAGAGCUUUUCGACAGGGAUUUGCUGAAAAUGCCCAUAUUCCUUUGCUGGACACGCCUGGUGAUUCACACAAUGCAUUUCGUUUUCAACAGCAAGCGCAAUCGUAUUAUCCUAAACAGUCAAAUCCAUCAAACGAUUAUCGACAUUUUGAUCGGUCAUUAGCUCCGCUGUCAAACAAUAUUGAAUUGAGCGAAAAGAAACCUUUAAACACAAAAUCUCAAUAUCUCAAAGAUUUGGAUGACCAGAUUCGACAAAAAAAAGAAAUAACAGACCGACAAAAACAGAUUCAAAAACUUCAAGAUGAAAAGAAGGAAAAGGAAAUAAGCGAUUAUUCACCAUUUGGGCGAAGUGGUGCUGGUGCACCUCAUCAACAGCAGCAGCAAGAAACAUCUGGAUUAACAGGUAGACGAAAGUUUCCUCAACAACACGCUUCGCAAACAUCAGCAGGUGAAUAUUCUGAAGCUCGGUCUGAUCUUCAAAGCUCAUCUCCAACUGGUGAGCACCGCACUAUGCACUCUCUUCAGCCCGACUUUCCCAAUAACCAGAAAAUAAGCUUUUUGGAGGAUAAUAUGAAUGGUUUCAGACCUUCAAUAUCAAAUUCGUCUUUUGAUCUCAUGCAUCACAACUCCAACCAAAACGGGACACAACAGUACAACAAUCACUCAAUGCACAGCCAAUCUUCUUUUUCUCCGCCUCCAUCUUUGUUUCCUCCAAACAAUACCGCGACAAAUCAAUCUACUCAGAAUAAGAAUCAAAGCAACGGAGAAAAGUCUUAUCUGAGAGGUGUCGCCAAUAUAGAUACUAUGCCUCAAUGGCGUCGCGAAGAGCUAUCACGAAAGCAAAAAAUGCAGCAAGAAACUCAAGACGGGCUACUACUUCAGAUUGCUGAAAAAGAGGCCGAAAAGGCAAAACAAGAAGCUAUUCGAAAAAAAGAAGACGAAAAAGAGCUGGAAAGACUGGUAAAAGAACAGGAACUGCUUAGAGAAAAAUAUGCCCGUGAAACUGAAAUGGCUCGACAAAAAGAGGAGGAAACUAUGCUUGAGAAUGAAAAACAGAGGCAAGUAAAAGUACAGGAAAAUAUACGGCAUGAACAAUUGACAGCGCAUCAAAACAGUCUAGAUAUGCUUGAAUCUACAGAUGGUAUCAAGACAUCCUACGCAACUAAAUCACAGAAAAAUAAAAAUUCGACUUCAAACGAUACCCACCAAGAAUCCAAAUCACGAUUUAAAGCUGAUUCUUUACCAUUGACUGGACAGAGUAAGCCUGUAAUGAUCGAUCACCAAACAUCUCGACCACGCUCGCCUCCAAUUCCGACAGUUUUAAAAAAACUGCAACAGGCUGGCCUGUAUUCAGAAAUCAAGCCAAAUGUAUUAAACUCGGCUCCAAUCUCCAAUCAGUGCAGCGUUAAUCAGCACUCGUCAACAACACAUCACGAAAAUGAAGGAGUUAUUGUAAACCCUGCAACACAAGCCAUACCUUCAACAUCACACCGCCAACAAAGCACGCCAAGUACAAAAGUUGCAAUGGCGCCAAUGUCACCGCCGCUUCCUGCGCAAAUUAGACGUCAAAAAGUAAUUGAUCAGUCCAACACCGAGGUUACUGAAAUGGAUAACAAGGUGUUGCUAAAGCAACUAUCUGAUAUUCAAAAGGAACUUGCUCAAGAAGAUAUGAAAAUUCGACAAGAUUUGUGUUUAUCAGCUGCACCGAGUAAAGAUAGACAGUUUCGACAUCCAAUUACAUUGGCACCAUUUCAACUCAAACCGUCUAAAAAGACGCAGCAUGCAACUACCAAACAAACGUCAGUACAGCAGAAAACUAGUAUUGACACCCAUCGAGAAAGUUGCGAAUUUCUACCUUUAUUGCUUCAUCCAGUUCCUGUUCGAUCCCUUAAUCUUGCUGAAACAUUUGACCAUCAGUCUAUUUUAAAACUCGAUGGUUUUAUUGAGCACAAAGACAAUCAGGAUAAUGAUUCACUGGUUUAUGAUUGGAAACAGUACGACACUAAACAAAACAAAACAUCUAGAAAAAGCAGUAUAAAUAGUCGUUUAGGUUUUGAUCACAUCGAUUCCGCAUUUAAAAUACAUUAUCUAGAUGACGCAAUACACGGUUCAAAUAAGCAAGGCAUGUCUAGAACUAGUUCCAAUUAUCAACUCAAAUCUGAAAAAAGACAAGGGACACCAAGGGAUUCAAAGCCAAACAAGACAACCUUAGAUCAUGAUCGUAUUUUGCGAGCUCAAAGUGCUGAGUGGUCAUUGAGUAUGGACGAAAUUGAACGACGGAAUGAGCAGCGACUAGAGCGACUAACGCGACUUGAAGCGCGACAGAAUCAGUAUUUGGAAGAUGAACGCAAUAGUGGACACGAAGACAAAGCAGAGAUUAUUCGAUUAUUUAUGCUCAAAGGAGAAGGAGCCCAAGAGAUUUGUGAAAAAGCACAGGAUGAAUGCAGUAUUCCAACCACUCCAUCAGUGUUUCGACCUUUAAAAAUAGAUAAACAUGGAGAUUGGAAGUAA